AUGCGCUUUCUUAGCAUCAAUACCAUAAUAACCAUCACCCUCUGGCAGUUAGCCUUCUCUGCCUUUGCACAUCCAGCGUCCAGCCCUUCGCAAUACUCCUCGACGUACGACCAAUCCAUAAUAUCGCUGCCUCUCUUCCACUCCCUAGAAGAACUAGCCCGCCUAGUCGACAUAUCCUACUGCGUUGGCACAAGCGGUAUUUCAAAGCCAUUUAAUUGUGCCAGUCGCUGUGAUGAAUUCCCGGGGUACGAGCUGGUUGAUACAUUCAAUACUGGGGUGGCGAAAAGCGACAGUUCUGGAUAUAUUGUAUUAGAUCACGGAUUGCAGGGCGUGAGGGAUGAGAGGAAGGGCAGGAUAAUCGUGGCCUUUAGAGGUACUUAUUCUAUUGCGAAUACAAUUGCAGAUUUGAGUACGGUGCCGCAAGAAUACAUACCUUAUCCUGAGGACCCCGAUGAGCCUGAGACUCAGGAUACCUCUACUGAGACUUCCGAAAAAUAUACUGUACAAAGUUUUCUCGACCACAUUCCUCGAUAUUGGCCUUUCGGAUGGAAGCACACAUUGAAGUCGACGGCGUCGAAUCAGAAGUUGGGAGGGACAAUUAGAAUGUGUACGAAUUGCACAGUUCAUACAGGCUUCUAUACUUCGUGGAUCAAUACUCGGCAAUUCAUCCUACCUCAUCUCAACGUCCUGAGACAGAAAUAUCCAGAAUACCAGCUGCAUUUGGUAGGGCAUUCACUUGGUGGGGCAAUUGCCGCUCUUGCUGCACUGGAACUCGAAGGAAAUGGAUGGAGAACAAUCAUUACGACUUUUGGAGAGCCGAUGGUUGGAAACCAUGGACUGAUGGACUUCAUUGAUAGGGUAUUCGGGCUGAAUAAAGGAGUUCGCAACGGUAUGGACAGGAGGUAUAGAAGAGUGACGCAUGUAGGAGAUCCAGUACCCCUUCUCCCUUUGAAGGAAUGGGGAUACAGAAGCCACGCUGGCGAAAUAUACAUAGAAAAAGGGAACUUGCAACCUGAAGCUCAAGAUAUUCAUCUUUGUUACGGUGACGAGGAUAAUAACUGUAUUACGGGGAGUGAUGGGGAUGGCCUGUGGUUUCAAGGGGAAGAUAUAUCCUCCAUAAUCCCUGUGGACUUUCUGGAUGAAAUACGAAAUGUAAAAUGGGAUAUGAGAGAGGCUGAUGACAAAGCCGGGGCAGAUGGGGAAAUGGAGAGAAUUCAAAAGCGAUGGCCCAAGCUUCCCAUUCCAACGAGAUGCAAAUUCUGGCAGCUGUUCUUCGCACAUAGAGAUUACUUCUGGAGGUUGGGAGUUUGUUUGCCAGGAGGAGAUCCGUUGGAUUGGAGAAGACCACAUUACAACUUCACAGAAACGGAGGGUAGAGAGGAGCUAUGA